AUUUAUUAUAUUAGUAGAGUAGUAGUUAGUGUAAAUGAUCAAGACUCUCCCCAAGCGGUAAUAUUAAAACCGAAUUUUAGUGUAACUAAAGUGUCUGAAGACUGCUCUGCCAUCCGCGAAUAGACCCUUUUUCGGGCAAUUCUCUUUUGGACUCCAUGUGCGAGUUGCAGUGGUUGUUCGCGUGGGGGAAUGGUUGCAACAGGAAAAUGGCUUCAAGCCCAACUUCGACCACAAUUCGUCGGCGACCUCCGCAUUCCAAUUGAAUUUGUACGUAACAAGAUAUGAGGAAAUAUACUCUUUGCAUCCAAUUCCCUCGUACUACCCGCUCGGUGCCGCCCCUUGUUUUCCCUGUUUGAGAUGUAUAAAGCAGGCCAGCUUCCUCGCGUCCAUAUAUAUCUAUCUAUCAAUCAACGUGGGCAAUUGUAUAAACUAUAUAAUAAAUAAUAUUUAAAGGCUUCGGAGUAGUUAUCCACUUGCCCCGCAUCUGCCCGCCCUCAUUCUCUCAAUUUUCUUUAAUCAAUCCUUAUCUAAUAUUUCAACCAAAAAUCAAAAAGAAGAAGAAUAAAAAAAGAAAAAAGCGAAGACAAAGGAGAAUCAGAAACAAAAGUAGAUAAAAAAUACCAAUCAAGAUGGAAACCCACAAAGAUAAAACUAUAACCCCCCUCACCACCGCUGCCGAUAUCGACAAGACCUUCUCCUCAACAACUACAAACCUCGUCUCCUCCUCUCUAAACGCCACCAUCCUCGCCUGUUCCGACGAGUACUUCGCCGCAGCCUCAAACCUCCUCACCCCAACCCCGCCAAUCCACCGCCCUGGCGUCUUCGUACACACAGGAGCCUGGUACGACGGCUGGGAAACGCGCCGCCACAACCCGGAAGAAUUUGACUGGGCCGUAAUCAAGUUAGGCGUCGGCAGCGGUGUCGUCGUUGGCGUGGAAAUCGACACGGCGCAUUUCUACGGCAAUUACGGCGAGAGUGUUCUUGUCGAGGGUACUCACAUUGAUAAACGGGACGGUGCGGAGGCCGGGGACGCCGAGGUCGUCAAGCCUACUUUUAACGGCUGGACGACUAUUCUGCCCAAGCAGCCGUGCGGGCCUUCGCGGCGCCAAGGCUGGUUGCUAUCUCGCCCCUCGGACCCAAUUACUCAUGUACGCGUCAGGAUGUAUCCUGAUGGGGGGUUUGCGCGGGUUAGGUUAUAUGGGCAUGCCGUGCCGGGCCCUGCACCGGCGCCCAAGGCGAUAGUAGCGUCGGCGGAAGGAUCUGCGACGACGGAGUUGGAGGAGCUCUCCUCAGCGCUGAUGGGAGGUCUUGUUGUUUCUGCUAGUAACCAACAUUUCACCCCCGCAUCGAAUACCUUACUUCCCGGCCGUGGGGAGCAUAUGGGUGACGGUUGGGAAACUGCUCGUUCGCGGACACCGGGCCAUGUAGACUGGGCGGUUGUUAAGCUCGGGUUGGUAGGGACGAUAGAGAAGGUCGUGGUUGAUACGAAGGACUUCCGAGGAAACUUCCCAAGGGCGGUUAGGGUGCAUGGGUUCCUGAAGAAGGAUGUUAAGGAGGGACAGGAUCCAAAGUUUGAUGAUGAAGGGUGGGUGGAGGUUGUACGGGGAGAUCAGCCGUGCAAGGCGGAUUUGGAACAUGUGUUUGAAGGGGGAUUGUUGGGUAGUGAAGUUGGAGGGAAGGCGUUUAGCCAUGUUAUGUUGACAAUGGUGCCAGAUGGAGGGGUCAAGAGGUUCAGGGUGUUUGGCAGGAGGGCUGUGUGAAGAACGAGUGCUUCACCUUAUUUUAUUCAUUAAACCUGUAAAUAAGGGGAAAUGCACAUCUCUAGAACUUAGUAUACAGUUGUAAGUGUGGAAAUCAAAACUUUUCGGUCCUCAUAUAAGGAGAUUUCCAUUCACCAAAUUCUAUCACUGGUCACCAUUUUAGGGGACUAUACAAUAAUAAUAAUAAUAAUAAAUAAAUAAUAAAAAAACAGAACCUAGAUAACACAGUGAACCAGCAUUGCCCCAUUUUUAUGGUAACACUAUAGAAACAUUAUAUGUGCCGUGGAGAAGAGUCAAGAGGAGUAAAA